GGGCAGUGGGGGGCCAUGAAGCAGCGCGGGCUCCCGGCCGGGCGGGCCAUGGCGGCGGCGGCGGCGGCGGCGGGAUCGGGCCCCGGGGGGGGCCGGGGGCCGGUGCUGACCCUCGGGACGAUGAACCCGGCCGUGCGGCGGGUGGAGUACGCGGUGCGGGGGCCCAUCGUCACCCGCGCCCUCCAGCUGGAGCAGGAGCUGCGGCAGGGCGUCCCCAAACCCUUCACCGAGGUGAUCAAGGCGAACAUCGGCGAUGCCCACGCCAUGGGGCAGAAACCCAUCACCUUCCUCCGCCAGGUGACAGCCCUGUGCCUGUACCCGGAGCUGCUGACCGAACCCUCCAUCCCGGAGGACGCCAAGGAUCGGGCCCGCCGGUUGCUGGCAGCCUGCGGCGGGCAGAGCGCCGGUGCCUACAGCGCCAGCCCCGGCAUCGAGCUGGUGCGGCAGGACGUGGCACGUUUCCUCCAGCGCCGCGACGGCGUCCCCGCCAAACCCCAGGACAUUUUCCUCUCCACCGGGGCCAGCGAUGCCAUCGUGAGCAUCCUGAAGCUGCUGGUCUCGGGUUCGGGGGGGUCGCGCACGGGGGUGCUGAUCCCCAUCCCGCAGUACCCCCUCUACUCGGCGGCCAUCGCCGAGCUCAGCGCCGUCCAGCUCAACUACUACCUGGACGAGGAGCACUGCUGGGCGCUGGACGUGGCCGAGCUGCGGCGGGCGCUGGCCGAGGGGCGCCGCCACUGCUGCCCCCGCGUCCUCUGCAUCAUCAACCCCGGCAACCCCACCGGCCAGGUGCAGAGCCGGCAGUGCAUCGAGGACGUCAUCAAGUUCGCCUUUGAGGAGAAACUCUUCCUCAUGGCCGACGAGGUGUACCAGGACAACAUCUACGCCGAGGGCUCGGCCUUCCACUCCUUCAAGAAGGUGCUGUUCGAGAUGGGGCCGCCCUACUCGGAGGCGGUGGAGCUGGCCUCCUUCCACUCCGUCUCCAAGGGCUUCAUGGGCGAGUGCGGGUUCCGCAGCGGGUACGUGGAGGUGGUGAACAUGGAUCCCGAGGUGCAGCAGCAGCUGGCCAAACUGGUGUCGGUGCGGCUCUGCCCCCCCGUCCCCGGGCAGAUCCUCCUGGACGCCGUCGUGGCCCCCCCCCAGCCCGGAGAGCCGUCCUAUGAGCUGUUCAUGGCGGUACGGGGGG